AUGGAACGAGAACUUGUUUGUGUCAGGGUAGCAACUGCAACAGAAAUCCAAUCGAGCCUGUCAGGGACAACGCAAAACAAGCUUUUGGAAGAGCAAAACCGAAAGUUUUGCGGCAAACAAAGCUCCGUGGCACACGAAACUGAGGCCAUUUUUAUGGUCUCUGGUACCCGAGACAACCUUCCCCGUCAAGGCGACUAUAAUUUCUUUGGAGUUGUGUGUUGGAAUCUUACUAACCCAGACGUUUUCUCAAGUAAGAAAAAGGAAACAACACCAGAACCAGAGAUACAAAAGAAAUCAAGUCAAGACAUUUCUACAAUUAUGUGGAUCAGUGUUACUGCUGCGCUGAUUUUAGUGCUUAUCACUGGGCUGAUAAAUUGCCUUCGAAAAUGCAGCGAUCCUGUGGAUACCAAGUUAAUGGAGGUAGCUGAAAUUUUCACUCCGACUGGAGUGGACACUAAAGGGACUAUGACAGCUUCUAGAGCGAGAGAGCUUGUAAGUUUAGAACAGGUGUUGUCCCAAGGAAGGUAUGCUACUGUUUGGAAGGGUCGCUUUAAAGAACAGCUUGUUACUUUGAAGGUUUAUCCAGAAGCAGCCAGAUUGUCCUGGCAGAAAGAAUGCGCCAUAUAUGAGUUAUUGUCCGGAGAACAUCCAAAUAUUUCAAAGAUUAUUCACAAGGAAAUUAUUGGAGGAACAGACGAACCACUUUGGUUAGUUAUGGAACAUUGCGAGAAUGGUUCACUUCGAGAAUAUCUGCUGAAGAAAGUUUUGAGUUGGAGAGAAGCAAUCUUCUUGGCCAGCGGUUUUACACGUGGCGUUGCCUUUCUCCAUUCGGAAAGCUUUGCCGAUGGUCGUGCGAAAGUUGCUGUCAUCCAUCGGGAUUUGAAAAGCACUAAUAUUUUAGUGAGGAAAGAUGGAACUAGCGUUAUCUCCCACUUUGGCCUGGCUUUGUCACUGGGCUGUACUGAAGAUGGAAGGGAAAAGAUGCAAGUUGGAACAUUUAGGUACAUGUCUCCUGAGGAACUGUUAACCACUGUUGACUUAGACAGCACAGAAACCUUUAAACAAAUGGAUAUUUACUCCAUGGCACUAGUUCUUUGGGAAAUUGUUUCGCGGUGUGCAGUUGCAGAUCAUAGCCCUAGUUCGUAUAGACUACCGUUUUCGGAAAUGGUCGGUACCGAUGCAACAGUGGGUGAUAUGGUUGAAGUUGUUGCACUGCAGCAGUACAGGCCUCAGUUUCCGCGCACUAAUUACGAGGGCUUAAAAGCAUUCUGUCAGACAGUGCAAGAAUCUUGGGAUCCAGACGCUGAGGCUCGUCUCACUGCAGUCUGCACCCUAGUGAGGCUCAACGAACUGAUGACGAUGGUACAUGCGCGUGAUGAGGAUUGCAGUGAGCCUGCAAUGUCCAGGCGAGCCCAAUUUUGUUCCUGA